UUAUUGAUGGACUAGUUGGUAGGGCGUUCGAUCGAGUGUGUGAGGAAAAAGAAACACUUUCUCUGGAGAAACCGCAGGAGAUGGCCUUGAAAUACGAAGCAGAUUCAACAUCAAAUAAAGCGAUUCACUAUAUAAAAGGGAAAAAACAAGCAGGGUCAAAACCGAAGUCAAAAGUUAGUCAAUGGUAGAACAACAACAAUCCGCCACUCGUGGUGGAAUCCUCUGGACGCGCAAAUUGCGGUUCAGCAGCACUAUAUUAGUCAGUCAAAGUAAAAUAUGGGUUACACAUUCUCAUUAGCGGUAUUCCCGCUAAUCGCCACCGUUUUAUGUGUGCUGAUUCAAGCCCAAGUACAGGAGAAUAUUCAAACGAGGGUUUCCCCAAGCCUGCUGGAAUGUUACGAAAAUCCUGAACUAUUCGAACGGGACAACCGACUUCCGAUGACGAUGAAUAUGCUAAUCGAAUUGAUCCGAAAAAUUGAGGAUUCGCCACAGUUCACGCAGGACAUUCGUCAGCUGACGAACGGGUUGUUGCAUCGCUACCGGCAGGAUGGUAUCGUACGGGCUCCGGGAGUGCCGAACAUUGCCGGUGUAUUACCAUUCAGCCCGAUCGGGUUCCAUUUUACCAAACACAGAAUACUGUUCUCCCGGCUGUUGCCGGGAACUCCUAUUGGUAACUUUUCACUGAACGCACAGGAACGGUGUGCGCUUCAUUUUAUGAUAUCCAGCUCUAUUGACACGAUGGUUCGAGGUGAUGAGAGCGUUCGUUGUACUCAGCUGUCUCAGUAUCGGGCGGCUCGGGUCCCCAGAGAACUGGACAUGAAAGAUAGAAUGAAGCUGCGAUCAAAUUACCUGGGAGACAUUGAAAUGCUUGCUCAACCCGAGAUGAACCAGAUCCGGAAACAGAUUAAAAAGAUGAAACAAGCAGCUCGUCUGGAGAUGGAUCCGGAGGAUGAACAGGUUGUCGAGGAUGCUGCUGCUCCAGCGGAAGCUGCUGCUGGAGACGCUGUGGAUCCGGUUCCCGCUGAAGCCGAGGAAGGCGAACCUUUGGAAACGGAAUUCACUGGCAUCGGUGAUGAUGCUGGCCUUGUUGAUAUUGCGUCGAAUGCGAUCAGUGCAUGUCCAGUGGAAAAUGGUGUGGUUCAUACUCGAUGGGGUACCCUCUCGGCUGGAACUGUCCUGGCUGGUAUCGCGGCAGGAAUUGAACCUCAAACUAUAGAAGUUCGUAAUUUAAUCCCAACGAAGAAUGCUCAGUUCCGAGCUCGUCAACAAGCACAACCAUUGCGCGUGGACAACCGAUGGGCAGCAACUUUAUCAGGAGACCUUGCGGAAGUGACACUCCUACAUUCGCCGUCCCAACCGAAUAACAUUCAAGUCGGUGCAGCCGGAGCCUGGAACCACACGGUCAUUCCACGUUGGUUCUUCCUUAGUCAACGAACUGCUCUCGAAAUGACCGAUGCGGAAAUUCGAGCUGGCAUCGACGGACUGACACUAGCCAACAACAUUGUGGACUGGCGAAACAGGGCUUCCACUCUUCGGCUAAGUCAGCUGUUGGAUAUGUACUACUCGCAACGGGGCGUUUUCAACCAGUCUGUACGUUCGUGCAAUCGGCGAGACCUGUUCACCACGACCGCACCUAUUCAAACGAUGCGGGAACAAGCGGCUGCUUUCAGCAACGUCCUCGACAGGGAGAUGCAGAUGGCCUUUACCGUAACGCAGACUGCGAUCAACCAGUUCUCCGGUGCUGCCGCCGACGCGUUGGUGGCUUAUGUUCCAUCCUCACUAAACGACUUGUCAUGCGAAGCGACAGCGAUCACUCCAAAUGAUCCAACAAACUACAGAACCGCUUCCGAUUUGUUCAUCUUCAUUGACAGUUCUUGGCCUUACAGGGACAUUCAAGCCGUCGUUUCUCACCUUUUGGACGGUUUGGACGUCGAGCGCUACGGUACCACCUACACUAUUCUGAACGCCCUAUCCGGUGAAGUGAUUGUUAAUGCCACCCACUUCCUUUCGGAUUUCUACGCAAACUACACAAACGCGAUCCAUCAAGCUCAACAACCCGGGCUCGGUAUGCCGGCUGUGCUUCGGAACCUUCGUCUCCAGAUCACUCCGAUCAUGAUGGCGGAACGUCAAACCUCAAGUAUGAGUGGUCGAUCCAAAAUUGCUCUAAUCAUUCCGAAUACGGCCGCUGUCAGCGAAGGCGAUACAAACUAUGCCAUUGAACAGCUGCAGAUUAUGCGGGAAGAAAUUCCGGACCUUCGGCUCAUCUUCUUUUCCGGUGGAUCUGCGACCCGUUUCAACAGGUUUGUUCGCGAGGAAGAUAUUUUCCCGCUGCGUGAGCUAGGAACCGGUGCCGUUAUCGAUACGGUUCAGGUUCAAACCACUCCUGUUAUCCAGAGAAUUCAACAGAUACCUAGACGGAUUGUGAACCCUCGCUGUGGACAUGACUGGAUUCAGAACGAUUGGGGAACAAACACGCUCAAUCAGUACGUUGAACCUCGAGGAAUUGUGUUCUACCGUAUCCAUCCGAACUAUUUCUUCCGUGCUGGAAACAACAGGCGUCUCAGAGUUCAAGGCCAUGGUUUCGCACAGUUAACGGUGUGUCACUCGAGAUGGACACAAAACCCAAGAUCAAAUUCUUCUCAAGGCGCAGAUGUGACUACCUGUCAGAAUACCAAUACCGAACCAGUGGACAUCGACUUGUCGAAUGCCUGCGACGGUAGGCAGCUUAUCCACAGUUGUCCUCCGUUGUUCUUCUCCGUGGAACACACCCAGCAGACCGAGGUGACAAGCUUCAGAUGUACAGAGAAUGAAUGCCGCUUCCCGGAUAAUGCCCGGUUCGCCAUUGUCACGGAGAAUUUGGGUUGUUUCAGUUCGGCCGGGAUGGUGAUUAGCUCGUUCACUUUGCUUAUUAUUGUCCUGUUGGCUGUUUUUGGCAGACAGUAGCGUUAGUUAGUGACUUUAAGGUAUCUAGCUUGGUAAGUUCAGUAUUCCGUCUUAGUAAAGUAUGACAAAUAAAUAUUUUUUCAUGUCCUA